AAUUCUAAAUCAAAUAAACUAGGUGCCCCAAUUAGAUGAGCAAACCAGAUCCUUACCCAAUAGCCAAUGAAUCUCCCAACGAAGUCGUUUAAACCUUUAAACAUUCUUUGCGAUGUCGUAUUACAGAAUUAUUGCCUCCGACAAAUUCUCACCGAACAGAGUACGAAACUAAACAAAUACUUGUAGUUUCCUUGUGAAUCCAAACUUCUCCAAUUGAUUCCGUGUAGCAGAAAAAACCCUUGUAAUUUUUCCAUUUAAAUAGUGUGGUUUUGUUUAAAGUCAUUAUUUCUUGUUCUUUCAAAGGCGCACCCUUUUCUUUUUGUAAAAACAGUCAAAUUGAUCACAACCCUUCUUCAAUUCUUUGAUUUUCUUCUGUUGUGGUAAAGAUCAAAGUCUGAGUCUUGUCAUGGCCAAGAGUUCUUUCAAGCUUGAACACCCCAUGGAGAGGAGGCAGUCAGAGUCUUCUCGCAUCCGAGAGAAGUAUCCUGAUCGAAUUCCGGUGAUUGUUGAGAAGGCAGAGAGGAGUGAUAUCCCUGACAUUGAUAAGAAGAAAUACCUCGUCCCAGCUGAUUUGACUGUCGGCCAGUUUGUUUAUGUGGUUCGGAAGAGGAUCAAGCUCAGUGCUGAGAAGGCCAUAUUUGUCUUUGUCAACAACACUUUGCCUCCCACGGCUGCUCUGUUGUCAGCAAUAUAUGAGGAAAAUAAGGAUGAAGAUGGAUUUCUCUACAUGACAUACAGCGGCGAAAAUACAUUUGGGUUCCUUGAGCUUGGAAAUUAAUAUUGCAAAGUUACUAUCUCCGUUGUAAAUCUGCUAUUUCUUUGAUCUCAUCACGCGUUGCUGACUGUUGUCGUUCAUUUUCAUUAAUAUAUACAUCAAAUUUGACUGGAGCUUAUGGUCCUCUUCUGAAUAACCUUACCAUGUACAGAUGUGAUGACGACUGUUGCUCUCUUAUCCAAUAGCACCUUUUUUCUUAAGUUGUUUUUUCUAUAA